UUUUCUCGUCUCUCCGGCUCUCCCCCAUGCUCAUGGAUCUCCAUGAAAGCCAGGCGAGCUCGAGCGGAUUCCAUUUUAAAUGUUCGCUGAAGCAGCGUUUCCCGCGUACCCAAGAACUUCGAGAGCGCUGCAGCAACACCUCUUCUCUCUGCUCCGGAGCUGCGGCGCCUCGAGGGGCCUCCCUCAGAUCCACGCCCAGAUCGUCGUCAACGGCUACACCAGCAGCAAUUUCGUUCUCGUCCAGUUGCUCGCUCGCUACGUCGGUUGCGGCCUCUUCGCGGACGCUUCGAAGGCCUUCCAAGGCGCCCGGAACUCGAGCACUUCCGUAUGGAACCAGAUGAUCCGGGGACACGGGCGAAGCCCGGCGCCGCGAGGAUCGGUCGAGUGUUUCAAUCGGAUGGUGCGCGGGGACGCCGAGCCCGAUGGUUACACGUAUUCCCAUCUCUUGAGCGCUUGCGUGAGGUCGGGCUUGUUCGGAGAAGGACUGCAGGUGCACGGGAGGGUUUUGAGGGAUGGGUAUGUCUCGAAUCCGUUUGUGAAGACGAAUUUGGUGAAUUUGUAUGCAAUGGGUGGAGGGGACAGUGGGAUGAAGGACGCGUGCAAGGCGUUCGACGAUAUGGGCGAGAGGAAUCUCGUAUGUUGGAAUUCAUUGCUUGCCGGGUAUGUUAGACGGAGAGACAUGGGUGGCGCGAGGAAACUGUUUGACGAGAUGCGCGGGACGAAUGUCGUCUCUUGGACAAUAAUGGUUGCUGGGUAUGCUCGGAAUGGAAUGUGUAGACAAGCGCUGAGUGUGUUUAAUGAGAUGCGGAGACUUCGGGUGGAGUUAGACCAGGUGGCUCUGGUAGCUGCACUGUCGGCUUGUUCGGAGUUGGGAAAUUUGAAACUUGGCCGGUGGAUCCAUUCCUAUGUUUUCGAGAAAAUAUGUGCUAAAAAUCAGCAACUGUCGGUCACUCUGAACAAUGCGAUUAUACACAUGUAUGCUAGCUGCGGUUCUAUCGAUGAUGCCUACGAGGUGUUCAGGAAGAUGCCAAGGAGAAGCACGGCUUCUUGGACGACCAUGAUCAUAGGAUUUGCAAAGCAGGGGCUUGCGGAUGAAGCUCUUGGGAUAUUCCAUAUGAUGCUAAGCAUAGGAGAACCAGAAGCACAACCUGACGAGCUAACUUAUAUUGGGGCUCUGACUGCUUGCAGCCAUGCCGGGUAUGUUGAUGAGGGCCGCCAUAUUUUCAAAAGCAUGAGUGCAAGUUGGGGAAUCAAACCGAGAAUCGAGCAUUAUGGCUGUAUGGUCGACCUCUUGAGUCGUGCUGGAAACUUGGAGGAAGCCUGUCGGCUCAUAGAAACCAUGCCCAUGAAACCGAAUGAAGCUGUGUGGGGUGCCCUGCUUGGUGGUUGCAGGAUUCAUAAGAAUCCCGAGAUCGCCUCUGUUGUGGCUCAGAGACUAGAAGUUGAGCUCAACCCUGACGGCUCUGCGGGCUAUCUUUUGCUUUUGUUGGAAACAUAUAGGACUGCUAAAAGAUGGAUGGACGCGAACAAUAUCAGGCAGAAAAUGAUUGACACAGGCACGAAGAAGCCAGCACCUGGCCGAAGUUGGGUUGAGGUCAAUGGAGUCAUUCAUGAUUUCGUGGCCGGUGACAUAAGCCACACGCAUACGUUUUUCAUACACGAGAUGCUUAGAAAGGUGAAAGUUCAAGCUGAGUCGGGAGGAUGCCAGCCAGAUGAGGCUUUGUGUGUUGCAGCUUAGAAAAGGUAAAGAGGAGAGUUUGCGCAUCAAUACUUCACGUACAUGCGCUACCACCUGCGAUGUCGAUGCUUGUUUGGACUCCUAAGGUUCUUGGUGAAUCCACAUCAAGCAAGAAUUUUUUAGCACCAUUUGAUUACACUUCAAACGCUCUAAUUAACGUCAACUGUCAUCCGAGAAAAACACUUUUUUGGAGAGGAUCUUGGUACUUUUACAGUAGCUUCCAUUCUUUUGUACUCUCCUAUGACAUUAUCCGUGCCGAUGAGUCUAACCAAUUGUACAGAUACUUUAGGAGCAUUCUUGAUCAUUGAUUCUUCAGAAAAGACAUAAAAUGGUGAUG